GACCCUUCACUGCCUGCAGUACCCUCUGCAGCCAUGAUACCAAGCCUCCUUCCUUUCUUUGCCAGUCUACUUUUUGUGGCCCUGCUGUUUCCAGCAGGGUUGUCCAGUGCCUCGUCCAUUAACCACUUAGUCACUGAACCUCCCAGUUUCCCCAAGGACGAAUUUCCUGCCCGAGGAGUAAAUGGGUCUCAGUUGUUGCCUCACAGAGUGAAACGAUUACCUCCACGCACCCCCCCUUACUAUGAGCCUGAACCAAAUUACCAAAUUGUCAACUGCAAGAAAAGUGAAGGACAAUGUCAAGAAUACUGUAAUUUCAUGGAAACACAAGUGGGCUACUGUUCAAAAAAGAAAGAAGCCUGCUGCUUACAUCCAUUCUGAUGUUGCCAAUCAUUAAAGCUGAAGUGACUUGCAAACCUGUCAGCUCUCCUGAACGAUCAUGUCCUUCCAGGUGUGGCUACAUUAGAGAAGAGCCUAAACAGAGGAAGGCAUCUCUAUCCAUGUCCAGCAACCUAAGCCUCUUAUUAUGACAAAACUAAACAACAAAGGCUUUGUAUACACUAUCUUACCAAAGGCUUGUUUGAUUCAGACACAUCUCCAAAGUCACACCAUUCAUGCUGGAAUAAACCUUCAUAGGAAAGC